AACAUUUGUACAUUUUAAUUUUAAUGUAUUUUUUGCCAUCUUAGAAAAAUGGCAAUGUUCACAGAGUACGCUGUCUGUGGCAAAAAAGAGAUACUAAGACUGAGAGUGUUUCUCAGUCAUGAAAUAUAUUUGGAGCCUCAGUUGUGCAGAAGUUUGUGAAGUCGAGAUCCUUCCUGUGAGACGCAGACCGAACUUAGUUCCUGUGAGAUUUUAUCAGCCAACAUGUGCAAGUUCAGGACAAAUUUGAAGUAUUUUUAAAACAAAAUGUUUCAAUGAUUUCAUGUGGCAUAUUGCAGUCAGCAAAGCAAACAAAACAUUGUACACAUACUAUUUUUAAGUCACAUUCAUGCAACAGUACACUACAUUUCAAGGACUAGUACAACAUGUUCAAGAUUACAUUAAUAUGAAAUUAAUUGCAUAAAACUGUUGCAGGAAAAUGUAACUAUCUGAUCCAUCAAUGUUUCAGGAGUCUAAAAAAGUAACAUAUUUGAUAAUAGUAAUAUCAGUUCACGCAAAGCUCUGACGAGGAAAGUCCUGUUUUAAAUUUAGAUUUCUGACCCAAGUGAGAACUUUGACUAAUUGACCUGAAAUAGUCAUAUAAAAUAUGUCUGCUGUCUUACUUCAACAGGCUGCAGCAGUCUGUCAGAAGCACAUAGCUUUAUCCAUAAAUAAAGUCGACUAGAGUUUUGUGACCUUAUUGAGUUUUAGCAGUUCAUUCAACAAAAAGCUGUUUGCUUGAAAUCUGGCAGUAGAUGGUUCAGUGAAGGUGAAUCCAUCUCAGUUUUUGUCAAGUUGAGUUUAUUGAAUGUUUUCAUAAAGACAUGAAUUUCACACAUUGGAAACUCUACCAUUUGUUGUCCUUUUAAUUGAACAAAUUUAGAGAAAUCCUACAGUUUAUCAGCGCACUUUACUCUUUACUUUGUCAUGUAAACGUUUGGACAGAAACUGACUGAGUGAGCAGCCAGCAAUACAAACUGCUAGACAUACAGAGAGCCUGGAGCACCGUGGAUCACAGAUAAGUGUCUGUCCUGUGAUUGGUGGCUUUCUGUCCAGCAGGAAGUUGUGAACAGAGAUUAAAAGCUGCUGCAGGACUGCAGACAUUCACAGGAAUCUGUACCAGCAAUGGCCCUUACGAAUGUUCUGCUGCUGCUGGGGCUGGGUGUUGCAGUGAGCUCAGCGUCUCUGCAGAAGAGAAUCAUUGGAGGUGAGAACUGUAAAGACGAUGAGCGACAGUAUCAUGUGAUGGUCCGUAAACAUAGUAAAACAGAUUGGAAAUUCUGUGGAGGAUCUCUGAUCAGUGAUCAGUGGGUUCUGACUGCAGCUCACUGUUGGCCAAAAGAUCCCAGUUGGGUUGUUGACGCACAUGUAGGAGUUCAUCCUAAAAGUGUUCGAAAGACGAUUUAUAGAAUCACUCACCAUGUGAUUUAUGCAGACAGCAAUGGCCGUAAACAUGACAUCAUGCUCCUGAAGCUGCCAAGCAAAACAGCAAUCCAACCAAUCAAACUACCUGACUGUCCAGAUACUCUCCUACUUGGGACCAAGGUUCAGAUUGCAGGGAAUGGACCAGCAAGACUUGGCUCUUUUAACAAAAGAAUCCAACAUCGUCCAAAAGAUCUUCAGUGUGGAGAGAUGAAGAUUGAUAAACAUGAAAGGUUGGAAAAGAUACUGGCAGAAGGCAAAUACUUUUGGUACAAACACCAGAAGUGGUACAGUGUGAGAAGCUUUAAGAAGGACAUAUCGUUUGGUGACUCUGGUGGAGGAUUUGUGUUCAAGAACAGACUGUAUGGCGUUUCUACCUUUCUUGGAGAUCCAGUGUUUUCACUCAGUAAACCAAGUGGUUUUAUGGAUGUCUGUGCCUACAAGGAGUGGAUAGAUGACACAAUUAAUUAACCAAAAAACCCUAGGUUGCUAGUAGUCUGUUUUAUGGCAAAAAAUGCUCCCAGCAUCAUGAAAUCACAAAGUUCAAGUUAUUCUUCAAGUUUCAGUUUUCUGUGGAUUCAUUUUCUGAUUCAUAGCUGAAUUAUUUGGCGAUUAAAGUUAUUGUGCACAAGUUCA